GCGGGAGUCCGACGCCCGGGGUUGCGGGUCCUGGAGAUUGUGUAGCGGCUCCGUCGCCAUGUUCGGCUCCAGUCGCGGCGGCGUGCGUGGCGGGCAGGACCAGUUCAAUUGGGAGGAUGUGAAGACCGACAAGCAGAGAGAGAACUACCUAGGCAACUCGCUGAUGGCGCCAGUGGGCCGCUGGCAGAAGGGCCGCGACCUCACCUGGUACGCGAAGGACCGCGCACCGUGUGCCGGCCCGAGCCGUGAGGAAGAGCUGGCGGCCGUGCGCGAGGCGGAACGCGAGGCGCUGCUGGCCGCAUUAGGUUACAAGAACGUGAGGAAACAGCCCACCGGCCUGAGCAAAGAGGACUUCGUAGAGAUCUGCAAACGGGAAGGAGGCGACCCUGAAGACAAGGGCGUGGACCGGCUGCUGGGCCUGGGCAGUGCCAGUGGUUCCGCAGGCCGUGUGGCACUAUCCCGGGAAGAUAAAGAGGCUGCCAAGCUUGGGCUGUCAGUGUUCACGCACCACCGCGUGGACAGCGAAGGCCCAAGCACCACCCCAUCUGCUGCCAGGAAGAAGCCUCGUGCUGAGGACAAGGCUGAUCUGGAUACAGAGAGCCACAAGAAAAGCAAGAAAGAAAAGAAGAAAAAAAAGAAGAAACACAAGAAACACAAGAAGAAGAAAGACAAAGAACACAAGAGGGAGACUGACAGCUGCCCAUCCUCUCCUUCUCCUCCUCGGCCCAGACACCAGAGACAUGAUUCUGACUUCUCCCCCUGCUGUAAGAGGAAGCGGGGACAUAGCCAAGACAGUGGAAGGAGUCCAUCCCGCAGACGACAAGACAGAGGCUCUGAUGACUGAGAAUGUGGCUAAACCAAAGGACACCAGAACCUUGGUUGCCCUGAACUGGGACCCUGCCCACCACCAAGCUCUGUGGGGGUCUAUAGAGUAAUCACUGGAUGCCAAGUGGCUACCAGCCUUCUCCCUACUUGCCCAGACUAACCACUCCAUCCCUGUCUGGGAUAAGGCAGGUGGCUGCUCUCUGAUAGGAUUCUGAGUUAAGCUUGUUGGACCUUAGGAUAUAUCUUGCCAUUUGGAGGCAACUUAUGUGGCAACUACUCCAUGUUGCUGAGUGGGUCCUACGUGACCAGAGCCCAGUGAUUCUGUGAUUUACCUUGCCUCCAUGCCAAGGAAGAUAAUACAGUUGCCUAGGAGACUAAGGCCAGAUUCCUGUUUCUGCCGCCACAGUCCAGGCCCUUAAGGUUUAUGGGUGUGUGUGUGUGUGUGUGUGUGUGUGUACAUCUGGUUACUUCUACUUUUUGUACCAACCCACUUUGUACAUAAGUAAAUGUAUUUUAAAAGUAUAAA